CUCGCCUCUUCAGUUCAGUUCGGGCAGUGUCGCUGUGGGGUGAGGACAGCAACGGCGACCAUGGGAAAGCUUCAGGAGUUUGAAAUCGCUUUUGACGGGAAUAAAGUUGUUUACAGCCCGGGAGAGAGCAUCACCGGCACCGUGAAAAUCAAAGUGGCCCAGGCGCUUCCGUGUAAAGCUAUUAAAGUGAACUGCAACGGCUUCUGCGGAAUUUCAACUAAAGUAAAUGACACAGCCUGGACCAAUGAGGAGCAGUACUUCAACACUACUGUCUCUGUAGCUGACAAAGGAACUCUGAAGCCCGGAGACCACACUUUUCCAUUCAAGUUUCUCAUCCCAGCCACGGCCCCCACGUCUUAUGAAGGAAACUAUGGAAAGAUCAUUUACAGAGUGCGCUCUUUCAUCGACACACCACGAUUCUCCAAAGACUAUAGUGCAGAGAAAUCCUUCUACCUGCUCAGCCUCCUCAACCUCAAUGAAGUGCCAGACAUUUGGGGGCCUAAUCAGUCUGCAGUGACCCAGCAGUUCACGUACAUGUUGAUGAAAACGGGUACUAUUGUCCUCAAAGCGCAGACGGAUAUGAAAGGAUACACCCCUGGACAAGUGAUCCAAGUCAUCGCCAACAUCCACAACCAAUCAGGAAAAUCCACCGGGAACGUCAUUGCCAGUCUCAUGCAGCGGGUCACAUAUGAAACGAAGCGGCCAACCCAUGACCUGCGGGUGAUCGCGCAGGUGGAGGGGGGAGUGGUGAAGGCCGGGAAGGAGCUCGAGUGGAAGGAACAGAUUAUCGUCCCUCCUUUGCCCCAGUCUGCGUUAAAUGGGUGUGACCUUAUCAAGAUCGAAUACUAUGUCAAAGUCAGUCUGAAAACUCCAGACGUCAUGUUGACAUUACCCAUCCAAAUCGGAAAUGUGUCAUUGGACAAAAAGUACCGCCCUGCAGCCAACUCCACCUCCUCCGCUUCUGCUCCUGCAUCUGCUCCAGCUUCUGCUCCAGGUUCUGCUCCAGCUUCUGUCCCAAGCUCUCUCCCUGCUCCUGAAGACUCCACCUCCACUACUGCCACCACACCCACGUUACCUCCUCGGCCUGUACCAAAACCUGCCCCCCGCCCUGCCCCGCGCUCCCGGAUGUCUUCCUGCCACUCCCCGAGCGCGCCCCCGGCAGAGUUCCCAGAGGGGGCAGAAGGAGGCACUGCAAUGGGAGGAGCUUAUCCUAACAAGAGACAGUCCCAACUAGUGUCACCAAAUGCAUUCAGCUACGCCCCAGGGCUGUUUUUUGGCCAAGACCAUCCCGAUGCCGCCCCUAGGGGCGCCACCGCUCCCUACCCCACAGAUAUCAGAGCGAGUGCAAUGCCAAGUCCACACAUAAUUCCACCAGACUACAGCACACCUUCAUAUCCAAGAGAUGCUCCACCGUCCUAUGAUGAGAGCUGCAACACUUGAACCAACUACACCAGGAAAAUGGUCAACCUUUCACCUGCACGAGGACCUAUACCAUGGACAAUUUCUGUUUGAAUAAUAACAGAGAUACCAAAAACAUUGGACCUUGUUGGACAUUUUGGUUGUUACAAUGGUUAAAACAGUUGUGAUUUACUCUCUCUAAACUAUUCAAUCAAUACUGUUCAGAGUUCAGUUACUCUUUACUAGAAAUACCAAAUAUGUAUCAUCAAUAAACAAUCACUUUGUACAUAAAACAGCAUUUAAAGAAAAUUAAGGUAGGUCUACUUUAAAAAUACUGGUGUCUGUGAUUUUAAAUUCCCUGCUGCAUUGAAAGCAUCAUAUCUUGUUAAUGUUUUAUUAUGAACAUUUGCUAGUUAUGUUUUUUUAAUACAUUUUGAGCAGUAAUGAACAAUUUUAUUUGUACACACAUUACACUUUUCAUCCUGUUAUGUGAAUUCUGUGUCAUGAGUUUGGUCACUCUUGGUUUAACUGUGGGAAUCACUGUAAUUUGAUAUUGUUCAGCUGCUAAAUGAGUAUUUUUUUUUCUUCUUUGUUUUGUUUUUAAACUUUUACUGUACAGAGAGUGGUUUUAAUUUUACAUUUUAUUAUCAGUCCUAUGUCACUGGAGUCCCUUGUCUAUGGAUAACCCAAGUGUAUUCUAAAUCAGCAUAUCUAUGACAAAAUUGUAUUUAUUUAUUUUAUUACCACCUGUUGCUGGAUUCCAAUAAAGACCAAAUUAAUAUUUUA